AUGUCGCAGCCAUCACUUAACCAACCAAAACUGAGCGAGCACUUCUCAAAAUUUCAACCGGAUAACCAAGCAGACGCCUGGGACGAGCUGUGGAAGAAGGAAACAACACCCUGGGACCGUGGGGAGUAUAACCCUGCCCUUGAAGAUGCUCUGCUCCAACGGCAAGGAUAUCUUGGAAAUGCCCUUCGAAGUGACAAGGAAGUGCUAGGUUCAGGGGAAGAGAGUAACGGCAAGAAAAGGAAAAAGGCGCUUGUUCCCGGUUGUGGACGGGGCUUUGAUGUUUUCCUACUGGCAGGGUUUGGAUAUGAUGCGUACGGGUUGGAGUAUAGUGAUACGGCAGUGGGGAUUUGUCGUGAAGAGGCAGCGAAAGUUGGUGAUAACCUUCCAGUACGAGAUGAGCAGAUAGGAAAGGGGAAGGUUACGUUUAUCCAAGGAGACUUUUUUCAAAAUGACUGGUUGGAGAAGAUUGGGGUUGGUUGGGGAGGGUUUGACCUCAUAUAUGACUACACGUUUUUCUGUGCAUUGAAUCCGGUUCUUCGCCCACGAUGGGCACUCCGCAUGUCACAAUUGCUGGCGCCAUCGCCACACGGAAACCUCAUCUGUCUCGAGUUCCCUACCGCAAAGGACCCAGCAGCCAUGGGCCCUCCAUUCGCGUCCCAACCAGCAGCAUAUAUGGAACAUCUCAGUCAUCCGGGAGAAGAUGUUGUCUACGAGAACGGUUAUGUCAAAAGCGAUCCGCUCAGAGGAGCGAGUCCUAAUGGACUGGAGCGUGUUGCUCAUUGGCAACCAGAGAGGACGCAUGCGGUCGGUAAGGACGAAGCUGGAAAUGUCCAGGACUGGGUAGCAAUUUGGCGCCGCCGAAAUUAA